UUUACUUCUCCAACGGUUAUAUUUCACCGACAUACUCCAACGGUCACCUAGACUUUCACUAUCAGCCGUGCGAUCAACAUCCCACGGCUCACAUCUUCAGUUUCCCCUCAACUGAUCUUCUCGAACCCACCAGUUUCACAGUCCAUAAUAUUUUCUUUUUGUUGGGUAAAACCAAACAUUAGGUCCACACACACACAUACACAGAAUUUAGAAAAAGCAAUGAUGGAGACAGCCAUGGGAGUUAUACUAGUAGUAGUUGUAUAGGAGUAUUUUAGUAUGAUUAUAGUACUACAGAGAGCUUAGAGUGAGUGUGAGUGAGAGUGAGUGAAGCAAAUUUGGAUAACAAAUUUUAUUAAUUAGUUCAUAAGAACACUAAAUUUAUGCAUGUUUGGGGUUCUGGGUUUUGAUUUUGAUGCCAUGGAGUUGGUGAAAACUUCAAAUGCUGAGGUGGGUACUGAGAGUUUUGUUGAUUUCAGCUGCCAAAUUGAUCAAGUAUGUUUUUUUUACGUUCAUGUUCAUGGAGUGAGUGUUCAAAGUUUUUUGCAAUGAGUUUGUUUUGAAGGUUUUGGAAUCCGAUGAUUGUUUAGUUUUGUUAUAGGUUUGCAAUUCUUUCAUUCUUUUGGGGUGGUGGGGAUCUAAUUAUUUAAUUUAAUUCAUAUUCUUUUGUUGUUUAUUGAUUGAUUUCAUGCACAAGAUUGUCAUCUAGGAACACUUAAUUCUUUUGGUGUUUUUGAUUAUUCAUCGGAUUCCUAUUUUUUUUAAUUGGUUUUCUUGAUAGAAAUUCUUUCACACACUCACAUUUAGUCUGUUUCUCUUGCUGAUUUCUCUUUUCUGAGAUAUAUACAUUGCAAAGUUUUAUAUAAACAUUAUUAUACAUAGAAUCUAUACAGAUAUUGAAUUCAAUUUGUUUCGUGUAUAGUUCAAGUAUUUGUUAUUGAAAACUAAGAGAGAUUAGGAGAGAAGAAGAAAAAAAUAGGGUGGGUGACCAAAAGAAUCAAAACAAUAGAGAAAAUAGGAUUUGUAGAGGAUGUUGGCUGGGUGUUCUAGUUCUACAUUGCUGUCACCAAGGCAUAGAUUAAGGAGUGAGUCAACAUCACCAGCACAGUUUCAAGCUUGUCAUUUUCAGUUACCGUCAAUGAGCACACAGAGAUUGGACUUACCGUGUACUUUCUCUCGAAAAGAAUCGUCCCGAUCGCAGUCUAUUAGGCCCGUUGGUGUUGGUCUAUCGGAUAAAUCACUUGAAUCGAAGGCGGCUACUUGUUCACUCAAGCAGAACAUUAGGCUCCCACCAUUGGCAACAAGCAAUCAAUCAGUGAAAGAGGAGUUUUGGCAGAAAGGUAAGAGUUUGAAGAGAUUUGCAGAGCAGGGUUCAGUUGAUGAUGAGUCUUAUACUAAUAGGGCUAAACGAAAAAGAGGUGGUAGUGAUGGUGAUAGUUGUGAAGGUGGUGAUAGUUUGAGUUUAGGCCAAUUAGGAAGCGGAAAUUUUUGGUUUCAGUCGGGUUUUGAGGUAUCUAGAGGCCUAAACACUUCACAAGCUCCUUUUUCAUUGACAUAUUCAGGAGAUGAGGAUAAGGUUUGCUUUGUUCCUAGUGAGUUGAUCACUCCACCUCUGCCAUUGUCGAACAAUCCAUGGGUGGAAUCAGUCGUAAGGGAGAUUACUGACCUUGGCGAAAAAGACGGAGAGAGUAGCCAAAGGCCAGUAAUAAAAGAAGCUUCAGGUUCAAGUGCAUCAUCAGAAAGUCAUAGCUUGGGGCUUAGGCUUAGUGAGAACAUUACGGAGCAUGAAGUAGGUAAUGGUUCUAGGUUUGCUCGUCCAUAUGGAGGCGCGACAGAAGAAGCUGCAGUGGAGAAUCAACAAGAGGAGUAUCAGGCAUAUGAGCUGGUUAGCUUGCUUACAGCAUGUGUUGAAGCAAUUGGAUUACGGAAUAUGGCAGUGAUCAACCACUGUAUAGCAAAAUUAGGGGAUCUUUCUUCUCCAAAGGGAACAGCUGUUAGCCGGCUUAUUGCUUACUAUACCGAGGCUUUAGCUCUUAGAGUUACAAGGCUUUGGCCUCAUCUAUUCCAUAUCACCACUCCUCGGGAAUUUGAUCGAGUUGAUGAUGAUUCCGGGAUUGCUUUUAGGCUUUUGAAUCAGGUUACCCCAAUUCCAAAGUUUAUUCAUUUCACAGAAAAUGAGAUGUUGUUGAGAGCUUUUGAGGGGAAAGAUAAAGUUCACAUUAUAGACUUUGACAUUAAGCAAGGGCUUCAAUGGCCUGGUUUGUUUCAGAGUUUGGCUUCAAGGACUAAUCCUCCUAGCCAUGUUAGAAUCACGGGUAUUGGCGACUCCAAGCAAGAAUUGAACGACACUGGUGAUAGGCUAGCUGGAUUUGCUGAGGCAUUGAACCUGCCUUUCGAGUUUCAUCCGGUUGUCGACAGAUUAGAAGAUGUGAGGUUGUGGAUGCUUCAUGUGAAGGAGGGGGAAAGUGUGGCCGUGAAUUGUGUUUUCCAAAUGCACAAGACACUUUAUGAUACGAGUGGAGGAGCGUUAAGGGAUUUCUUGGGACUAAUUCGAAGCACAAAUCCCGUAAUAGUUCUGAUGGCAGAGCAAGAGGCCGAACACAAUGUUCUGAAUCUGGAAGCAAGAGUAUGCAAUUCUCUCAAGUACUACUCCGCAAUAUUCGACUCAAUUGAUUCUAGCCUUCCUUUAGACAGCCCGGUUAGGAUCAAGAUAGAGGAGAUGUUUGCAAGGGAGAUUAGGAACAUAGUUGCUUGUGAAGGAAGCGACAGGCUCGAAAGGCACGAGGGUUUUGAAAAGUGGAGGAAGAUGAUGGAGCAAGGCGGGUUUAGGUGCAUCAGAGUUAGCGAGAGGGAAUUUCUUCAAAGCCGAAUGUUGUUGAAGAUGUAUGCUUCUGAGGAUUAUAGUGUUACACAAAUGCAGGAUGGAUCAGCACUGACUCUAAGUUGGUCAGAUCAGCCUCUAUACACUAUCUCAUCGUGGGCGCCUGUCGAUAUCGCCGGAAGUUCAUCCUCGUUUUCUCAGCCAAGUUGAUCGUCGGAAGGUUUAUUUUCUCAUACAUAUUGUUUAGAUUUUGAUUCCAUUGUUGCAUACAGAAAGAGUCAUUAAUUAAAUUCUUUGUAGGUAGACAAAGCAGUUCUAUUCGUUCAUUCUUUUGAUGCAGAUAAGAUAGAAAGAAUCAUAUACUUAGUUUCAUACUGGUUUCAGUUUAUAGAGUUUGGAGUCAGUUUUAUGUUUCAUUAUUCUUUGAUUCUUUAUGUAUUCAUGAAAUUCUUUGUAGUUCAUUUUAUUUGCUGAAAAGGUUAUUAGAGUUUAUGAACCUUUUUUUCCAUUGUACCUGAGAAUAAUAAUCUUUAUUGUAUGAAAUGAUUCAUUUGAUUUCUAUUCUA